GGUCGCGGGUUCGAUCCCCGUACGGGCCAGCAGAGUUUACUUUUUCCCUCCCUCCUCCUUCCGCACGGCCAAGGCCGCCGUCCUUCAUCUUCCCGCAGGGCCGCGGCGGCAGGAUGAAGGGCAGGAGCCGCCUCCUGCUCCUCCGAGCGCUGCCCGGGGGAGGGCGGCAGAUGCGGCUCCCGCCCGCUGCCUGCCAAGAUGGCGGCUCCCGAGGAGGGGGGCGCGGAGGCGCCGUCGCCCCCUACUCCUCCCCCUCCCGCUGAGGGGGAGCCCUCCGGGGCGGCCGUCGCCUGCGGGGCUCCCCUCGGCGAGGAGGAAGAGGAGGAGGAGGAAGGCGGGGAGCGGCUGCAGCGGAGCGUGGAAGCCGCCGGCGCCGUCCUUUACCUGCGGGCGGAGGGCGCGGGGCUGAGCCCGGAGCCACCGGGGGCCGCCUCCGGGAGCCCUCAGCCGAGCGCGGCGGAGCCGCCUCCCCCUCCUGGCCGCCUUGCCGCCGAGGAGCUGCGGCGGGUCAUCGAGCAAGUCAGCAGGGCCCAGGAGCGGCACAGGGCGCCGCCGGGGGCCGCCCCGCUUCCCCCCGGGGCUCCCCGGGACGCCGAGCCUGCCGCCGCCCUGCAGCUGCGGAGCGUGGCCCUGCAGCACGGCCCGGCCGGGCCCGCCGCCCCGCUCCUCCCGCACGAGCAGCUGGAGCCCAUUUGUGUCCAAGUUCAGCCAGGACAGAUGAAAGAAACUGAAAGGCCAAUGCCAUCAUUGGCACCAAUCCAGCCCAAAACUAUAACACUGAGUCAGUCGGUUGGUAGAAAUUCUAGCAUACCUGGACUUGGCAUUAUUAAUCCUCAGAUAAUUAGAAUACAGCCUGUUACGGGAACUGAACAGGAGCAGCAGCAGAUUUUCCUACAUAGUUCUUCCGAGUCUCCAAUCCAAUUGCUUGUGCAGAGACCCUUACCGUCUCGUGGAUCAGUGUCUGUAAACAAGACUGCUACAAGUAAGAUGCUAAAUGGGCAGAAAACAGCACGUGCCACAGUAUCAACUACAAGGUCUUCAAAUAUUACCAUGGUUGCAGCCAGCUCAACAAAUACCCUGACACCAUGUCUUGAAAAAAAACAAAAAGACAAGCUAAAAAAAUCUUUGAAAGUGAAAACCCGUUCUGGACGGAUUUCACGCCCUCCAAAAUACAAGGCUAAAGAUUUUAAAUUCAUUAAGAUGGAGGAUUUGGCUGAUGGUCAUCAGUCUGAUUCUGAUGACUACUCUGAACUGAGCAUAGAAGAUGAUGAAGAAGGAAAGGUGAAGGGAAAGGAUGCAUUAUUUAAUUCUUCAAAUUAUAACCUGAAACCCAAAAUGUUUAAAUGUCAGACAUGUGAAAAAUCCUAUAUAGGGAAAGGAGGAUUAGCAAGACAUUAUAAACUUAAUCCAGGUCAUGGACAGCUGGAGUCUGCACCUCAAAAAAUACCUUUAAAUAAGCCUAAUGGAGUUAUAUUUGUGGACAAUCCCUGUGGAACAGGAGAGGAAACGAUGAGUCCAGCACAUUUGGAUUCAAUUGCUGUCACUUUUACUAAUGAAAAUGCACUACCUACCAAUUUGGAAGAAACCGUUGGUUCACAGGCUGGAGGACAGAAUUGUAACUCUGGAGAAAGCAGGCAGCUGAUGGAAGAACAACAAAAUGAAAGCAGUUCAGGACUCCGGGGACCCGUAAAACCAAAAGGACCUGGAAGACCCAGACGACCGAAGAGACGCGGUCGACCAAGGAUGGGUGGAAGAUCUAGGUGCUCUGGAAGGCUUAGCAGACCUGGUCAGUCCCCUUCAAAGUCACUUAGUAGUGUGUCAACAGAACACAAUGUAUUCAGAAGAAAAGCUAGGUUAAAAGAGCUAAUACAACAGUGUGAUAACGAAGACUUGAUGGAGCUGGCUCUCCCACGUCUUACAAAGCUUGUUACAGUCUAUGAAUUCCUGUUGAUGAAGGUUGAAAAAGGGUAUCCAGCCAAAGCUUACUUCCCAGAUGUGUAUAGGGAAUUUGAAGAGUUGCAUAAUAUGGUGAAGAAAAUGGCUUAUGAUCACCUCAGUAAUUCUGAUUUGCUGAGUUGCCAGCAGCCUGUUGAAAUAAAAGAUGCUAAGGUUGCUGAAUCACUGGGAAUUACAGAAAUACUCACUGGAGAACAAAAGGUGCAAGGCGUAGACUCUUGCUCACAACAUAUAAUUAAAAUGGUUAGAGAGCAAGUGCCUGUGGAGAUACUGGGACAAAAACGGUUAGCUGAGAGCUCAGGGGAGGAACUGUUGCCAUCAGCCAAAAGGACCAAGUUAGAAGACGUAAUGGAGAAUGUGAAUAAUGCUUAUGCCAGUCAAGAUGAAGUGAAAGAAAAGAGUGGGAAUUUAUGUACACUCUUUGAAAAAGAUGGUUUUAAUCCAUUAAAUGGAGAAAUCCUGCUUUCAGAAGGUAAACAUAUCACUUGCUGCACAACUGGAAGCAUAUUACCAGUGGAGGAACAGAAUUUGCUUGUAGGUUCCGAAGUUAGAAUCAGUGCUGAAAAUUCAGGUGCCUUCUCUCAGGCUGUGAAAAUGAGGAUAGAGUAUUCCCAACCCGUAGACGCACAGGGACCAGAUACUGCAGGUGACGCGUCUUUGCUGCAUACUGAAGUCGUAUUGCCUGUUGAAGCAGACGGCUCAGCAGAAUUAGUUCAAGCACACUUCGUGAGUGAGAAUACAGCAGGUGGACUGUCAGCUCCUCAACUCUGCAGCUCUGUGUCAGAGCACGCAGUGGACAUUCAGACAGCUAACUUGCCAGUGAGGGAAGAAAAUGGUCUCAAUCAAAAAUAUCAGACACUGCAAGAAGAAAACCAUGUUUUUGCUGUUAAAGGGCAUUCUGAGCAACUUCACAAUGCAGAUACGACUGAGGAAAUGCAGGAGCUUGAAAAAGUGUUUUCAGCAAACGUGCCAAUAAGCCAUCCACACCAUGCUCAGACUGAGUCGCACCAGAAUCCUGUCCAGGAAGUAUCCCUGUCUGCUCACAUGAACCAGGACUGCUCUUUUAAAAACAUGGGUGAAUUUUCUUGUGGGACAGGGGAACAACAUGAGCUGGAGAAUACAAUUACUGUAGAUGAAACUGUAGCUUUUGAGAUUACUGAGGAGAGCCAUGAUUUUUUGACUCAGGGACAUGAACAGAUUUUUAUUCAGACUUCAGAUGGGCUUAUUUUGUCUCAUCCAGAUACUGCUGUUUUGUCUCAGGCAGAAGGCAUUGUCAUUGUAACUGAUUCUAAUGGUACUACAAUGCACAUCCGCACACCUGAUGGGAUACCUUUGGAAACUGUGGAAGCACUACUGGCAAUGGAAGCAGAUGGCCAAAGUGAAAAUGUUCUGCUUUCGCAAAGCGAAUUGGAGCCAUAAAUUAGAAUACUGUACAUGCUUUCUUCUGGAAAAGACUGUCUAUAUAAAAAUGUAUAUUUUUCUAAUGUGAAUACUGAGAUAAUUGAAAUUUAACUUAUUUGUAAACGGUUUCUAUGCCCUAUACUUUUUAUAACUUAUGUUUAUAUAAAUCUAAAACCAUUGCAACCAAAAGUUCUAGAAUUAACACCGUUCUAUUUGCUCUAUAUGUUGGGGGGUGGGCGGAAAGUGGAAAUCUGUCAAUCCAAAAACUGUUGGACUAUUCCCUUUUGUUACAUAAUUCCUCUUCUCUCUAGCCAUCUAAAUGCAGUAAAUUGUACUGCUUUUUGGCAGCGAUGUGCUAUGUACUGGCAAGCUGUACAUGGGUAAAAUAAAAACUAUAUUAAAAAUAUGCAUUUUUUGUGAUGUUGAGAAUACAAAACAGUGCUGUUUUGCACUUUCUUAAAGCUAGCUUGAAUAUUCAUUAGCAUCUAGACAGGGUGUACAUAAAUCUGUCUGUAAAAACGGGUAGUUUCAAAUACAAUCCACACUUGUGCAUUCUGGGAACAAUGUGACAGCCUAACUGAUCUUCAUUUAAAUAACACUAGGCUAAGCAUCCACUGCUUAGAGACAAAAAUAGCCUCAAACAAGAAUUAAUUUGUACUGAACUGUUGGAAAUAUAUUCACGUGUUCUUGCCUAAUGUUCAGCCAUGCCUCCAACAGUUGCUGUUACUUGGACAGAAAUAGGAAGGUGCAUAACUACUAAUGUGAAUUUCCUUAAUGCAAUACCAAUUUCUUUUCUUUAACUUUAGUGCCUGAUAGUCUCUUAGUUGUUAGUUUCUAUUAUACUUUUUUUUUUUUCCCUCCAGAUGAAGCAUCUCAUCAGUUCUAAGCUUUGGCCUUCCUAGUAAUUCUACACUGCCCUGUACUGUUUAAUCAUAAUAAAAAUGUAACCUUGACUGUAAUCCCUGUUUCUCCAUGCAGAGAGAAAAGCUACCAAAUUAUUUAUUACUUACUGCUAUUGUGUGUAGUAAUAAAAUGGCAUUUAUUGCUUGGAUGAUAUUUUUGUGGGCAUUUCUAGCUGCUGCUGAUAGUCUUGUCCAAGGCACUACCUCUCAGAAAGCUCAUCAGGUAAAAAAGAUCAGUCCUAAAUGACCAGCAUCUUUAUUUUGUUCAUGUGCUCUUGUGAAUAUUACUGAAAACUGAUAACAUACCUUUAAAAUGUGUGUGUUGCCUCAUUGCUAAAUACAAAUGAGAAUGCUGAGAUAAUUGGACAAAUCAGCUAAAAAUACCUGCAUGCAGGUAAUUGUUCUUAAAUAUUGAUAGCUACUGAGUAAAUUUAUACUAAAAUUGAAUCCACAUGAGAGGGACAAUUUAGAGAUGAAACAAUCUGCUCUGUAAUAUUCCUUUAAUACUUUUUUUUUUUGUUUGCCUGAGUUGAAUGUUGAUUUAUGAUUAGGCAGGACACUGCAUUUUAUUAAUGGAUGUGAAAGAUGUCAUUAUUUCAGUGAGUUCCUGUCUGGUUCUUGGGUUUAAGGAGUUUUUGUUGGGUUUUGGUUAUUUUUUGUUAAUUUGUUGUUGUAGUUGUGUUUUCUCUUUUAGGAGGUGGUAAUGGCCAGAAGUAAUUACUUUACAAAUGAAGAUACCAUACAAAGUAGGGUUGUGCUGGUCUUUCCAAGUCUUAGAUUGCAGUGAGCAAUUCUUUAUUACCCUCUUUCAUACUAUCUAAACUACAUCUGAGGGCUCCAAAUAUAAUAAUGAAAUUUUUAGAACUAUGACAAAACAUCCCUGCAAUAACAAUUUUGCAGUAAUCUUCUGUCCUAUAGCAGUCAAUGCACAAAGGGAUUCCUUCCUGAAGAGCUUGUUUCUUCUAAGAAACAAGAACAAACCACCAUUUCCACCUGUGCAGAAAAUGAAAACUCGCUUCAGUUCUUCCUUUCCUACUGAUUUGUACAUGCUGGGAAAUACAAUAUACCUACUCUCAUCUUAAAAGAGCAAUUCUGUAAGUGAACCAACCUUGCCUCCUUGCAAAAUACUUCUGAAGUAUGAAGGUGUUUCCAUAGUGACAAGGGUCUGGCCCUACUCAGAUAAAUUAAGGUGGCUGUUAAACCACACGGAAUGCUUGCAAGGAGCAAUAAUAAAAACUAGCAAAGCUGUUCAUAAUUGAUGGUAUUCUCGAGCUACAACAGAUUUUUUUAUUUUUUUUUUACACACUAGAAAUUUUGGCUUAGAAUAGAACACUUAAGCUGUCAGAAACAACCUUUAUUGAACAGAGCAACACGCAAAAGAAAACUUUUCCAAUUCACAUAUGUCUAUUCGGUUAUUGCAGGCAAUUCAUGCAUCUCCCUUACCCAAGCCUAUGAGGUUUCAGCUUGAAACUAGUUAAGCAAAAGUGACCAUACGUUUCCUACUAGAAAUCUGUUCCUGAAUCUGUCACUGUUAAUUAGGUUUUUAUAACGUCAAACCACAGCCAUUGUGGGCAUUUCAUAGCAGUGUGCACUUAAUGUUAUUUUUAGUUUAAAUAGUUGUUUCAGGGAGAAAUCAAGGGUAACAUCUGUCAGAGCACAGCAGUGGUUCAACAGCACUAAGGAAUGCUACAGCAAUUGAGUGAAACGGAAGACUGGAAUUGGAAAGCAACAUUUCAUAUAGUAGCAGGCCAUAUAGGCAAUCACUAAGUGGGAGGAAUUUGCAUUAUUAAUCAUAAUUAAGUAGAAAGGCCUAAAUUCACUAGAUAUUAAGGAUUUAGCUUAAAAAAAAUGAUUGAACAGCUGCAGAGUUUGCAAGUUGCAAUACACUUUUGGGAAAAGUCCUAAUUUGCAAAAAGAACCAAGCCUUUAAUAACUGUUGGCAAGCAUAGCAACUUUUGCAUGCCACCCAGGUCUGACAUAAUGGUAUGCUGCAGCGAUUAUGCCUUUAGGAGUGAAAGCAAACAUGGGUAUUGAAUUCCUUUCAGCAUUUAUCUUUUUCAUUAACUUCCUCCUAAACAUACUCUCUACUCUCUUUGCUAAGAAAACCAAAAAGCAGCAUGAAAAAGAAAAGCAAAAAAUUGAACUAACUAUCUUGUUAUGUAAAUUUCUAACCAAAAAUGCAAAAAGGACAUGCCUUUAAACCAAAACCAUCAGAAAUCUUUAAACCUUUAAACCAUCAGAAACAGUAACCCAAGGAAAAGCUCCCUGAGUUCUAUGACAGGAAGCAAACAAUAUGGUCUAAGGACAUAACCGAAGCAGGGCUGGCUUUUAUUCAGCAGAGCCUUUCAUGAAAAAUUGCAAUGAAUCAAAAAAGACAAUGUCUAUAGGUGUGCAAUAGCAAGUUGUACUAAAUCUUCCAAAUGUAUUAGUUCAGGCUUGGAUCACUCUUCAAGAGUAAAUCACACUAUAAUCAAAACCAAACCAGAAUUUACACUACUGUCUACAACAGCU